UUCGCGUCUCUUUGUGUUUCUAUCUUGCUGACUCCAACCCACUUUUAGCCUUUAACGGUCAAGUCAGGGAGGUGCAUCUUUACACAGAAAAUCACAGACGAGGAAUGUACUUACAGAUAAGCCAGGAUGGAAGCGUGUCUGGUAGCGACGUUCAGACUCCUUACGGUGUGCUGCAGUUACAGUCGGUGCAGCCGGGCCACAUCGCCAUUAAAGGUCAGAGGUCAUCGCUGUUUCUGUGCGCCGACAGUGCGGGCUCUCUGAGGGGGCGGUCGUCUUUCUCAGAGGACGACUGCACUUUCCGAGAGCUGCUGCUGGCAGACGGGUACACCCGCUUUGUGUCCCCGCAUCACGGAUUUGCCCUGUCGCUGAAUUCCAGGCGUUCCCCGGAUGGGCACGCCGUCCCCUUCACCCGAUUCCUGCCACUAAGAGAUACUCUCCCGAGGGAAACGGCAUCCCAACGGGCGCCGGUGAGGGAAAACUUCAACCUGGAUUCCGAUGACCUUCUGGGAAUGUCUCAGGGUUCUAUGCUCAGUCCUCAGUUCUCAGCGGAAAAGUGA